GAAGACCCUCGUUAAUACUUACCCCUAGAACCGGCCGCCGACGGCCAGUAGCACUAGGACGAUACAAGAGGAUUCAUAUAAACAAACCGACAACAGCUUCUGCGCCCACCAGAAGCAUUGGUGAUGGAAUUGGGAUACACAGUACCACAGUGAAUCUACAUCAACGAGCUAUCACCCGUCUCUCGUGCAACCUCGGCUCUUCUAUCCUACCCGGCACUGGCCAUCUCACAUUCGUCAUCGUCAACUCUCGUCAUCAGUCGACAACGGCAGCAGCAGCAGCAGCGCCAUCGUCUUCAGAAAUCGAGUUCUUGAUAGCCAUCACGGUGCAUAGCAACUGCCAUGGCUGCUAACGACUACUACGGCGGUUCAUCAUCACAUUACAAUCGGAAUCAAUACGAGCCUUCGAUUGCACCCUCUGGUCCGCCGCCCUCGUACACUACGAACCAACCAUACCAACCUCACCAGCAAGGCCAGACACCGGCAUCGCCAUUCGAGACCGUCUUUGACGACCACGUCUAUCCCUCCCAGACACACUCCCAAUCCCGCCCGACAAUAGACAGCAUGGGUACCAGCCAACAAAGCUUUGCUCAGGACACGCGGUAUCACGGCCCUAACUCACCUGGAGCCGCCGACGACAUACCUCUCCGUCAACACAACAAACCCCCAGGCUACCUCAACGACUCUACUGACCAUGUCUACGAUGCCGACCCGGCACCUCGGAGGCGUCACACGAACGCGAACCGAGGACUGCGCUUCGGCCAACUGGGCAUGCUGGGCUCCGACAAGAAGAAAAUCCCCAUUGUUGUAUACGUCUUCUCCAUCAUCCAGAUUGCCGUCUUCAUCGCAGAGCUGGUGAAAGCUGCCCAACUGACUGGCUCACCCAUUCAGACUUCACCAUCUGUCAACCCUAUGAUUGGUCCUUCACAGCAGAUACUCAUCAAUAUGGGGUCAAGGUACGUGCCGUGCAUGAAGAACGUCAACGGCAUACAGAACUACCAACCUCCUCCCGGCAUCAACCUCAUCGAGCCAGGGUUUCCCUUCCCUUGCCCGAAUUCGACCUCAAAUGACUCUGAUGACCCUUCCAACCACUGCUCGCUUUCCGAGCUGUGUGGAUUCAGUGGCGUACCUAAUCCCAAGUGGCUGGGGGCAGAUGGUCUGAACCAAAAGCCUGAGCCAAAUCAGUGGUUUCGUUUCAUCACGCCGAUAUUUCUUCAUGCCGGCUUCGUCCAUAUCGGCUUCAACCUUCUCCUUCAGCUCACCAUGGGCCGUGAUAUCGAGAUCGCUAUAGGUUCUAUCCGUUUCUUCCUCGUAUACCUGAGUGCCGGGAUCUUCGGCUUCGUGUUGGGGGGUAAUUUUGCCGCCUCCGGGAUUUCGUCAACAGGAGCGUCGGGCGCCCUGUUUGGCAUCAUCGCCAUCACUCUACUCGACCUCCUCUAUUCAUGGAGCGACAGGCGUAACCCAGGGAGGGAGUUGUUCUUCAUCCUCAUCGAGAUCGUCAUAUCUUUUGUGCUCGGCCUUCUUCCAGGACUCGAUAACUUCUCGCAUAUUGGUGGCUUCAUCGUCGGCCUCGCCUUAGGCAUCAGUGUUCUUCACUCGCCGAACUUCCUUAGGCGGAGGAUUGGCGAGGACCAUUUCGGCGGAGUCCCCUACUCCAGUGUCGGUGGAAAUGCCACCACGAGUGUGGCAUUCCCCGCGUUUUACCGGAAUCCCGUUGGCUUCUUCAAGGGUCGGAAACCCCUAUGGUGGGGCUGGUGGCUCCUCCGUGCCGGGUUCCUGGUUCUUGUCAUCGUUGUCUUUAUCGUGCUCCUGAAUAACUUUUAUUCGAUGCAAAAUCACUGCAGCUGGUGUAAAUAUCUCAGUUGUAUUCCUGUCAAUGGGUGGUGCGACAUCGGAAACAUCAAUGUCACUUACACGAACGUGACUUCGAAGAGAGACUUCAUCUUUACAGCGAUAGACCAGGUAGCUACGCUCUCUUAAGCCGACACAGAGGAACAUGUUUCAUUACGCGGCUUUUCAACAAAAGAAAAGAUUCAUUCGACACGCCUUCAAUGAAUUGUAUGAUAUCCUUGAUAGAUGGGCAUUCCUGCAUAGUACUCAGCGCACCUAUUCUCCUUUGCUGGGGCAAGAUAAAAAUUGACGUAAUUUGAGAUAGCACCACCGGUUCGCGGGCUUGCAUACUUGUGAGGGUAUAGGUAUGGGGUUUGGUCUUUGGUUUUGUGGCGUUGGGCACCUUAACUGAAGGCAUGACGCAAAAAUCAUGUUUUGUUUACUUAUUAGCUUAAUUAAUUUAACUCGUUUGGAAAGAACAUUUGUGGACAUAGGUGAUUAUACAUUGACAUCGUAUUCAUUUUGUAGUUCUGUUCAGUUGGCGGCUUAGCAGUUUGGCCUCGAAUGUAUAGAGCAACAUGUUGCCAAGUGUGAAGAAUCUUGGACUCUACGUCACUCACUAGUCAGUCAAUUAUUGUGCUGCCGUAAUAGUAUGUAUCUGAG